AGCGUCUUUAAAGCCUGUCCAGAAGCGAUGCGCAGUGGGGUGGGGCUCCGCGAACCAACACGCCUCUCACCCCCUCCUUUUAAUCCCUCACCGGAUAACGGGACUCACCGAGACACCCCAGCCUGUUGCGUUUCUACCACAUGUGCAGGCGAAGACGUGUGGCUGCUGCGUCGGCUCACUGUCUAGGUCGGGUGCUUUUAGACUGGGAUGGUAGCACGCACCCUGUAAACACGUCCCUUCUUCGUCCACAUUUUUAAUCUUUGUUUUACAUACUCUUAUUUUAAGAAAGCGUAACGCCUGGUCCCGUCCUCACAAACCCGUCUCCGAGAUGGAUCGCAACGCAGCCCCUGCGGAAACCGCUGAACAAGGCAGUGAGCGGGAGAGCGCGGCGUCCGGAGUGGACGUGGUGGCGCUUUUCUGGACGUUCGCGAAGUACCUGGGAUGGCUGCUGCCCGUUUACCUUGCCGGUUACCUGGGGCUCAGCCUUGUCCUGGUAAUGGUGGGCUUGAUGGUCUAUAUGGGUUGGAAAGUGAACCGAGGAGAGAAGCAGAAGCGAAUGGACGCCGCCAUGCAGCUACUGCAAAACGAAGAACGGAUGACCCAAGAGAAGAUGUACAAGAACAGCCGAGACCUGCCGGCCUGGGUAAACUUCCCAGAUGUAGAGAAAGCAGAGUGGCUAAACAAGGUGCUAAAGCAGGCUUGGCCAUUUUUAGGGCAGUAUAUGGAAAAACUACUAGUUGAGUCAAUUGCCCCUUCCAUCCGAAGCUCCAAUGCUCACCUGCAGACAUUUGCUUUCACCAAAGUUGACCUGGGAGAAAAGCCUAUCCGAGUGAUUGGAGUGAAGGCCCACACCGAGAUGAACAAGCAUCAGGUCCUGCUUGACCUCUAUAUCAGCUAUGUUGGAGAUGUUGAAAUCAAUGUGGAAGUAAAGAAAUUCUUGAUCAAAGCUGGAGUGAAGGGAAUCCAGUUGCAUGGGAUGUUGCGUGUCAUAUUGGAACCCCUGAUUAGCAACCCACCUUUCUUUGGUGCUAUCACCAUGUUUUUUAUUCAGAGACCUAGGCUUGAAAUCAACUGGACAGGAAUGACAAACUUACUGGACAUUCCGGGACUGAGCUCUCUGUCUGACACCAAGAUCAUGGACUCCAUUGCCUCUUUCCUGGUUCUUCCCAAUCGGCUGACUGUGCCAAUAGUUGCUGAUGUUCAGGUGGCCCAGCUUCGGUCCCCACUGCCACGGGGUAUUGUGCGAAUCUACCUGAUUGAGGCGCAGAAUUUAACAUCCAAGGACAACUUUAUGAAGGGUGUUAUUAAGGGUAAAUCUGACCCAUAUGCCAUUGUGCGUGUUGGGACUCAAGUUUUCAUAAGCAAGGUCAUUGAUGAGAAUCUGAACCCACGAUGGAAUGAGAUGUAUGAGGUUAUUGUCCAUGAAGUCCCUGGACAGGAACUGGAGUUAGAGAUUUUUGACAAAGAUCCAGACAAAGAUGAUUUCUUAGGCAGAAUGAAAAUGGACCUUGGAGAUGUUAAGAAAACGCGUUCUCUGGAUCAGUGGUACCAGCUAAAGGACACAGAAAAGGGACAAGUGCAUCUACGCCUGGAGUGGCUGUCUCUGCUCACUAAUCCAUCCAGUCUGGAUCAGGUUCUUCAGGUAAACCGUGCUACUCGAACCACCUUUAAAACCAGCGACCCCCCCUCAGCAGCUAUACUGGCGGUGUACUUAGACCGAGCACAGGAGCUGCCUCUGAAAAAUGGAAGCAAGAACCCAAAUCCUAUGGUGCAGUUGUCUGUUCAGGAUGUGACCAAGGAGAGCCGGACCUGUUAUGGAACCAAUAGUCCAGUGUGGGAAGAUGCUUUUCACUUUUUUAUCCAAAACCCAAAAACCCAAGAACUUGACUUACAUGUGAAGGAUGAUGACCGUGUACUAGCACUUGGCUCUUUAACUCUCCCACUGAGCCGUUUACUAAGCAGUGAAAACCUCACACUUGACCAGUGGUUUCAGCUGAACCAUUCAGGCUCUGCUAGUCGUCUGUACAUGAAAAUGGUUUUGAGGAUUUUAGCAUCUGAGAGUGCUGGUGCACCUAAAUCACCUGUUAGUACUUCACCCAGUUUACCAACCUCUGGAGAAGUUUUGCCAAAACCCAGUGAUCCCCCGAAGAAAGAAGAAGAGAAGGCUCCAGAAGAAGUUGUUACAGGAACUUCAAGUGUUAUACAGCAGUCAGGUGCACCACAGCAAUUGUGCUCCAGUGUUAAUGAGGACUUUUCCUCUGAGGGGGUGCUACGUAUUCACCUGGUUGAAGCUGAGAACUUGAUUGCCAAAGACAACUUUUUAAAAGGCAUAAUGCAGGGGAAGAGUGACCCCUAUGUAGUAAUUCGGGCAAGUGGCUACUCCUUCCGCAGCCGUGUCAUCAAAGAAAACCUGAAUCCUAAGUGGGGAGAACUUUAUGAGGUAGUUAUGACUAUGAUACCAGGACAGGAAUUGGAGUUUGAACUCUUUGAUAAGGAUAUUGAUGAAGACGAUUUUCUAGGCAGGUUAAAAAUCAACAUGCUGGACAUCACCACCAACCAGUACACAGAUGAGUGGUUCACUCUGUCUGAAGUUAAAUCAGGGAGCAUUCACCUCAUUUUGGAAUGGCUUCCACGUAUUGCGGACACCACUGCACUUCAGCAGAUAAUCCACAUGAACAGUCUUGCUUCUUACCAAAAUAAGGUUCAUCCCUCUGCUGCCAUCUUAUAUGUGUAUCUUGAUCGCGGCCAUUCUCUUCCUUUCAGCAAGAGCCAGAAACCCCCAAAGGCAGGAGCUGAACUUUCUGUAGGGAAUCUGACAUACAGGUCAAAGAUGUGUGACCGCUCAACUGACCCAGUUUGGGGAGAAGCUUUCCAUUUUCUGGUUCAGAAUCCACUGGAGGACUUACUGCUGAUCAAGCUUAAACAUGAUUGGUCUCUUUCUAUUGGUUCUCUGGUCAUAUCACUGAAGGACCUAUUGACUAAGCCGGACUUAACUCUGGACAAGUGGCUUCCUCUGGAUGGUGCUGGGACAGAUAGUCAGAUUCUCCUAUGUGCCACUCUCAGGAUUUUGAAGAGCACCGCUUUGCAAGCGGAAACUAUGAAGCGAGGCAUUGCUGAGCCAAAAAGUGGACAUCCUGAGCCUGACAGUACCACAUCUGAAGACAGUCAUAGAGGGGCAGUGGACCCUCCCGCAGUCACUAUUCCCAGCAAGGACACCCCAAGUUCUGCACAGGAUGUUCGGCAGAGAGCAGUUUCCUCCCCAAGCAAGAGUGGGCAGGAGGAGUCGAGCCUUGGACAGGUUAGAUUAACUAUACAAUAUGUUGAUGAAGAACAUAGGCUGGUGCUGUUGGUCCACUCUUGCAGGAAGUUGAAACCUUGUUCUAAAGAUGGCUCUGAUCCAUAUGUCUCUCUGAUUCUGCUGCCAGACAAGAAUCGUGUUACCAAGAGAAAGACAGCAGUAAAGAAAAAGUCACUCAACCCUGACUUUAAUGAAAGGUUUGAUUUUGAUAUGGCAAAGGAGGAAGUCCGUAAAAGGAAGCUGGAGGUUUCUGUGAAGAACAGCGUUUCCUUCAUGUCCAGAGAAAGGGAGCUGAUUGGAAAGGUCCUGAUCGACUUGUCACAGGCUGACCUGUCUUCAGGGGUUGGAGAAUGGUAUGACUUAAAAGAAGGUGACCCUUAAUCUUUGUCAACAACAUUCCCUUUGAAUUCUGGAUUAUCCCUACUUAUUUUAUACAGCUUUUUCUGUGUUUGAUAUUGAAUUCAUUUUAUUAUUUUUUGCAUUCCUUUUUAUUUUGUAAUAUUGGGUAAUCUUUUAAAACAUGUUUAAUUAAGAGUUCUAGAUUUUUUUAGGUACCUAAGUGUAAUAGCACCCUUAAGUAUCUUCUGCUCGUGCCAGUGCCUUUUUUUUUUUAAGAUUUUAUAUAUAUUUUUUUUAAUAUUAUAUUUAAGGAAAUCUGCUUUUAGAGGUUCAGUACUCUCGAGUUUCUUAAAUGCUGGAUAUUCCCUUCUCCUGCCUUAAAAUUUCAUUGAGAUGCUGAGUUCUCAGUUCUCUACCUGUUUUGCCUUCAUUUUUGGAUCUUGGCCACCAUAAGCAGUUGUGAAUAAGUUGUUAUCGCUGUGCAUGGAGUUUGUCUUGUUUUGUUUUUUGUUUUGCUACAAAUGUCUGUUUUAAUACAGUUGGAAGCUUGCAAAGUCAUUUUGCCUCCAGUCCCAUGGUGUAUCCACUGACGAAAUGAUCUGGAUUGUAUUAUAUUUACUGUGUCAAAAGAUACAUUUCAUUCUGUGGUAUUCUUUAGGGACAUGGCUUCUUUGAGUUUGUUUUACCAGUUAAAGGUAACGAAUCAUGAUUCAACUGAUCUGGUGUGCCAAAUCCUAAAAAGAUAAUACUGUUUCUAGUUCUUUUUUAUCUGAUGUUUUGAAAUUAAGUUUUAGAUUUUUGUGAAAAGUCUUAUGUGAUGUUUUCUAUAUGCACUAAACAAAAAUAUACAUACUUCUGCUUGUUUUUCUUUAAUUAUGAAAAUAAACACCUGUGUAAAUAUAUAAAAUUCUGUGCUCACGUAUAGGACUAAUGUGGAUGGACUAGUUGCAGAUAGUGAAGACACCUCUCAUGUUGUCUUGUGGACCAACAGAGCUCUCUUGUGUUCCGCAAUGAUGAACAAUCAGCAGCUGCGCUGCAGUGGCCGAGGGUGAGAGGGUACUGUGGGGGCACCAUCCCUAAUACGCUUAGUACAUAUAAGGUUAAAAUUUAGUCAGUAUUACUGUGCUCUGCUAUAAUCAUCCAUCCAUCCAUUCUCCCUCCUGCUUUAUCCGAACACAGGGUCACGGGGGUCUGCUGGAGCCAAUCCCAGCCCACACAGGGUGCAAGGCAAGAACCAAUCAUGUUUAUUAAAAUAAAUUUGCGUAUAGUAUUUAGAACACAUUUAGCCUGUUUUAAGGGCUAUAAAACAGAUGAAAAUAUAUUGUACGUGUUAAGAAACUCAAUCAGUAAAGUCACUUUAAGUGCUAUAAAACUAACGCAUAGAAAAUGACAAUCUACUUGAUAAAAUAAAAAACAUUUCAAUUAAAAAAACAUUACAAUUUACUGUAAGUAUUAAAUGGAUACUGCAAAGGACAGAGGUGGAAACAAAUUUAAAUGAAUACCAGCAUGGAAAUGUACAGUUUAAAAAAUAAAUGACAGGGUUAAAUAGACAUCACUUUAAAUACAAGCAUAUAUAUUAUACAGUAGUAAAGCUCAUAUUUUAUGUAAAGCCACAUUUAAGAUUUAAAAACAUAAAUGACUUUUUGCUACACACUAUACAGAAAUAUCAAGAUCAGUAUUACUUAGACCUUGCAUAAGCCUUCAUAAUAAAUGUAACGUUGAGUUUAUAUCUGUCCAUUUCUUAACCCCAUACUUUCCAUUAAAAGUUUUGUAAGAAGCCAAAGCUUACAUCAGCACCACAGUAGGUAACAAGCCAGAAGUUACCCCUGAAUGGCAGGGGUUAGUUUUGAUUUGAGAUAUCUGGUAUGUGGAAGCUGUUGAGAGAAUCCGAGGAAAGCUCAUGUAGAUAAAAGGAGAAUGUGAAAUCUGAAUGAAUUUAGCCCAUGUCCCUGGAGCUGUUAGUCAGCACUGUUAGCCAGGUAGUCUUUGUGCUGCAAGAGGUAGGAGGUGGUGUAAGUGAUGUAGGCAGAUAUAUUUUAAUGUGACAGACAUGAUGAUGAGCAGUAAAGGGGAUUGCGGCCAUAUGUCCUAAAGUAUUGGAUGUCAGGCUGGUAGAGGAAGUUGUUUUCAUCCAGCAGAACUUGGGCUGAAGGUUUGAUUCCAGGAUGUGUAAUUCUUUCAGUUUAGUGUUUGACCAUAUUCCUGUCUUACAGCCCAAAGAAUCUGCUGCUAGGAUUAAAGGAACUCUCCUCCAAGAAAUGACAUUUCUGUACAGUAUGUUAUUCACCCCAUGUGCUCUGUAGCGAAGGCAGAGAGCAAUUUUUAAUCUUAAGUUGUCAUGGAAAACAGAGAUAAAUGCAUAUUCUGUCAGGAGAUUUGUUAUGGUCCAGCAUUGGUUUCCAUAGUUGCCCAUUCUUUAAAAACUUUUCUUGUCCAUCGCUACAAACUACAUGGGGUUAAGUAACAUGUAAAAAAACAUGGGAGGAGUAGUCCUUUAAAGCUUGGUUUUCAGUGCCUAAAAUGAAAUAAGCAGGUUUUGGAAUUGAUAUUAAAAAUAUAACAGGAAGGGAAGCAUAAUAAAUUACAUAUGGCACUGGCGAAAACUGUUAAGAUUUUAUGUGAAAUUCUCUGUAAUCUGUGGAUUCUUUUAUGUAAAUAAAAGAUAAGCAGUGUAGUUUAGUAGAAAGGAGAACUACGUACAGUAUGUUCUCUUUCUCAGGUUUCUUUUUAAAGGAUCAGAUUAGUGCUGUUCCCUCCUUUAUAUCUCACAUUAUGUAUAAAUGAUUGCCUCAUAAACAGAGCAAGAUUAAUGCAUGUGUUAUUGUAGCCAAUAACACUAAUGACCGCUAGCGCAACAUGCAUAUGCAAAGGAAUUUCCUGAGAAAAACAUGGUUAUAUUUAGCAGAUAGCAUGUGCUUAAUGGUUACAUCACAUUGUCUUCUGAGCACUGCAUCAGUUUUAGCCUGUAGUCACAUUGCAUCAGCACUGUAGCUAGCCUUCCAUGGCUUCACCCUUUCUGUAAGUAGAUGUUCCAGCAUUUCUGUCAUCUGUUUGAUCAUCUGCUCUUUUAGUGUUCUGGAUUAGCUAGUUAAGUACAGUAUUAGAUCUCCUUGGUUAUACUGUAUAAAUACCAAAGAAGCUGAGAAAUUUGUUUGAAGAAUCUGCAAAGUUUCCACAUGUCUGUGCACAACCAUUCAUCUAUUCCAUUCUAUUCUAAGAUUCAGAAUAGUAGACAGCAAAAACAGACUACUUUUUUUUCUUUUCAUCAUGUCUGAUUUCUGGACCUUUUAUUGAUACUGCUAAUAACCAUUAGAAGAAACAAAGCAGUUCUGCACAUGGUCUGCACAUCAUCAUAUAACUGUUACCAUUAAGGAGCUUGACUGACCGUCACACUAGGCUAAAAAGUUGUCUGCAGAAGACCGCAGCAAAGAAUUUGGUGCUUCCUGAAAGAAGAGGAUGGUUCUAAAAUUUGCAUCUUUGACAGUUUUUAUGCAUGUCAGGAACUUAGACUUGAUAAAGCAAGGAAACACCAGCCGAGCUGUAGAGUUACACUUCAAAGUGCCAUCAAAUGAAAAGCAAUUUACUUAAAUGCCUCUUUAUAGAAAACUAAAAGUGACUUGAAAUUGCUUAGGGUGGCACUGAGCCUGUGUAUAUGUGAGUACUCCGAGAACAGAAGUCACUCCUCCAGGAUGGGCUCUGACUGCCCAUGACUUUCUAUUACAUAAGAGGGUUUGAAAAGUUAAUGCAUAGCAAGCAUGUACUUUGGCAGGAGAGACAAACCUUGGAGCCCUUGAUGGUGGUAUUUUCUGUAUACAGUUUGUGAAGCUUACCUCUGGGUUCUCAUAGUCCACAGACAAUCAAAUGGAAUGACUAGUGGUCCUAAACCACUACAGUCAAUGUGUGUUUACGGUUUGGAGUCUAAAGUUUAAUUUUUUUUUUUUUUUUUAUGCAGCUACUUUUUAUGUGAAUACUUUAUGAAUAAGUUUGUAUGUUUUGUAUUUUGAAUGUUUUUCUUAGAAAUUUUGUUUUUUCACCCACAACCCCAAAUCAAGUUAAGUUGAUUGUUACCAAGGUGAAGGAGUGUGGGUUUGUGGAUCCUGAAUAGGUCAUCUCCUCGUGCAGGAAUGGCCUCAGAUUUCCCACAACCCUGAUAUGGGAAAAAAAGCAAAAUAAGAAAAUGAAUAGGCUGAUGUCUCCAAAUGUGUGUGGAGGAGAGGAAGGGACUAAAAUUGGACAAAUUUAAUGUGUACUGUACUAUACAUCCCUAAAUAACUCAAAAGCCCUUUAACAUUUUCAUGAUGCCAUUAAAACUUGUUGGUUCAUCAGGCAUGUCCCACAAAGGGGCUCCUUACAGUGUAAAUGGUGUUUCUGGAAGGAAGACCAUGCAGAACAGUUAAUAAAAAAAACCCACACCAUGACUCUGGCCCAAGAAGCUGUGGUGAACUGUAACACUCAGUGAUACUUCAUGUUCGUUUGUUUUGUUAAAGUUUAAUGCUAAGGCCUGUAGAGAACUGUUAUUGAUGGAGUAAACCCUAAAUAAAUGGAAAGCAGUGGAAUCUGAAGAGCAUUGUGUGUCUGGUGUGACACUUGGUCUUAUUGUGUUGCUGCUGCUCUUCUGACUGUGUAACAUUCUGUUGCUUGCUCUGCAAGGAGAGAUGAAUGUUUAUAUUGAAAUGCAAUUGAUUGUCAUGGGCCACCAUGGCCUCUGUGGUAAAUAAAGUCAUAUGCUGGACUCUA